GGAGGCGGCGCGGCCGGGCGGGGAUGAGCCCCGGCGCCCUCGCGCCCCCGCACGCCGCCCUCGCGCGCCUGGCCAUGGCCCGCCUGGCCGACUACUUCGUGGUGGUGGCCUUCGCGCACGGGAAGCGCGGGAGUGGAGAUGGCCAGGGGCAGAUCCUGCAGCGCUUUCCAGAGAAGGACUGGGAGGACAACCCUUUCCCCCAGGGCAUUGAACUGUUUUGCCAGCCAAGCGGGUGGCAGCUCUUCAGUGAGAGAAACCCCCCGACCUUCUUCAUUGCUGUCCUGACCGACAUCAACUCGGAGCGGCAUUACUGUGCCUGCUUCACCUUCUGGGAGGCGGUUGAGAGCAGCCAGCUGCAGAACCACCUUAGGAACGAGGAGGAGGAGGGGGAGGUGGCCGCCCUCAUCCAGCCAGCCCAGCUCUUCGCCCCAAAGAGUUUGGUGCUCGUCUCCCGCUUGGACCACGCAGAAGUCUUCCGGAACUGCCUGGGGCUGGUUUACACCAUCUUUGUGGACGGGCUGAACGCCUCCCUGGAGACUGUCAUCGGGAGCCUCCUGACCUGCACCAUCCCCAUCACAGGAGGUGCCCAGCCUGACACGGAGGACGAAGGAGCGAGGACAAUCUCUCUGGGCGCAGGCGACAGGCAGGUGAUUCAGACGCCCAUCAACGAUUCCCUUCCCAUCAGCAACUGCAGCGUGGCCCUGCUCUUCCGACAGCUCGGGAUCACCAAUGUGCUGUGCCUCUUCUGCGCGGCCCUCACAGAGCACAAGAUCCUGUUUCUCUCCAGCAGUUACCAGAGGCUGACGGACGCCUGCCGGGCCCUGCUGGCCCUCCUCUUCCCCCUGAAGUACAGCUUCACGUACGUGCCCAUCCUGCCCGCUCAGCUCUUGGAGGUCCUCACCACCCCAACCCCUUUCAUAAUUGGCGUGAGCUCCAUCUUCCAGGCAGAGACACAGGAGCUGCUGGAUGUGAUCAUCGCUGACCUGGAUGGUGGAACGGUGACUGUUCCCGAGUGCAUCCAUAUCUCUCUGCUGCCUGAGCCGCUUCUCCAUCAGACGCGGGAAGCCCUGUCCAUGGUCUUGGACCCAGAGUUGGAGAUUGCAGACCUGGCCUUCCCCCCAUCGCCCACCAUCUCUGCAUCCUCCCUCAAGAUGCAGGACAAGGAGAUCCGGGCCGUCUUCCUCCGCUUAUUUGCACAGCUGCUCCAGGGCUACCGCUGGUGCCUGCACAUCAUCCGCAUCCACCCGGAGCCAGUCAUUCGCUUUCACAAGGCAGCCUUCCUGGGGCAGAGGGGGCUGGUGGAAGACGACUUCCUCCCCAAGGUACUGGAGGGCAUGGCCUUCGCUGGCUUUGUGACGGAGAGGGGGCCCCCCUACCGAGACAUUGACCUGUUUGACGAGCUGGUGGCCAAUGAGGCGAAGCGGAUGCAGGCGGACGAAGGGAGCCGGGCCAGGGUGCUGCGCCACAUCAAGGAACUGGCAGAGCACCUGUACAAAAACGAGAACCCGUAUCCUGCUGUGACGAUGCACAAAGUGCAGAAGCCCACAGAAGGCUGCCACCUGCGCCUGCACCAGCGGCCUUUUCCUCGCCUGGAUGAGGGCACCAUCCAGUGGAUCGUUGACCAGGCAACAGCCAAGCUGCAAACGGCUCCCCCCUUAGUCAAGGCAGAGAAGAAGUGCAUGGUGCCGUCUGGCCCCCCCCUGGGGGCCAUCAUGGACCGCAAUGGCAUCAUCUUGGCCAACAGCGCCCGCCGGCUGGAGGUGGUCAGGAACUGCAUCUCCUACGUCUUUGAGAGCAAGAUGCUGGAGGCCAAGAAGCUCCUCCCGGCCGUCCUCCGUGCCAUGAAGAGCCGGGCUGCCCGCCACUGCCUGACCCAAGAGCUGAACCUCCACGUGCAGCAGAACCGGGCUGUGCUGGACCACCAGCAGUUUGACUUCAUCGUCCGCAUGAUGAACUGCUGCUUGCAGGACUGCAGCGCUUCAGACGAACACGGGGUGGCGGCUGCCCUCUUGCCCUUGGUGACUGCCUUCUGCCGCAAACUGAGCCCAGGGAUCACCCAGUUUGCCUACAGCUGUGUGCAGGAGCACCUGGUGUGGACCAACAUCCAGUUCUGGGAGGCCAUGUUCUACUCUGACGUGCAGAACCACAUCCGGGCUCUGUACCUGGAGGGGAUCGAGGACGAGGGGGAGAACCACGUGGAGAAGGCAAGUGAGGAAGGGCCGCCGCAAGAGGAGAAGUCGGCCCUGGAGAUUGCGGCCGAGCAAUGUCGCCUGUGGCCGACCGUGAGCCGGGAGAAGCAGCAGGAGCUGAUCCAGAAGGAGGAGAGCACGGUCUUCAGCCAGGCCAUUCACUACGCCAACCGCAUGAGCUACCUGCUCCUGCCCCUAGACACCAGCAAGAACCGGCUCCUGCGCGGCUCCGGCCUGGGCGAUGCCGAGAGCGUCAGCAACAGCUUCAUCACCAACAGCAUCGCAGGAAGCGUGGCCGACAGCUACGACACGGAGAGCGGCUUUGAGGACGCAGAGAGCUCCGACGUGGCCAACUACGUGGUGCGCUUCAUCAACCGCUUUGUGGACAAGGUCUGCACUGAGAGCGGCGUCACCAACGAGCACCUCAAGGGGCUGCAUGUCAUGAUCCCCGACAUUGUCCAGAUGCACAUUGAGACCCUGGAUGCCGUGCAGAGGGAAAGCAAGAGGCUCCCCCCGAUACAGAAGCCCAAGCUGCUCCGGCCCAGCCUGCUGAUGGGCGAAGAGAGCGUGAUGGAGGGGCUGCGCGUCUACCUCAUGCCGGACGGAAGGGAAGAGGCAUCUGGGGGGGCUGGGGGGGGACCCCCCCUGCUUCCAGCCGAAGGGGCCAUUUUCCUCACCACCUACCGCGUCAUCUUCAAGGGCACCCCGACAGAUCCACUAGUCGGGGAGCAGGUGGUGGUCCGCUCCUUCCCCAUCGCUUCCCUGACCAAAGAGGAGAAGAUCACGGUCCAGGCCCAGGCGGACCAGUUCAUCACGGAGGGCUGCGCUCAGCUCCAGCUGCGCUCCUGCACAUUCCAGUUGCUGCGCAUUGCCUUUGAUGAGGAGGUGGCCUCUGAGAGCGCAGAGACCUUCCGGAAGCAUCUCAAUAAGCUGCGCUACCCCCAGCAGGCCUCCGACACCUUUGCCUUCACCGUGGGCCACCUGAGCAAGGCAGCCCUGCAGCCCAAAGUCAAGGAGAAGAACCCCUCACUCAGGACCAUCUCCAGGAACCUGGUGAAGAACGCCAAGAGAACGAUCGGCCGCCAGUAUGUGACGCGCAAGAAGUACACGCCGCCUCCCUGGGAGGCCCGGGGCAACCAGCAGCACUUCCUGGAGGACAACGAGGACGAGAUCUCAGUGUCCGAAGACGUGGACCGCAGCACCUUGACCCCGUCCACCACCACCCGGCCUUCGGACAAGAUGACCAUGAGCCACCUGGUGGAGCGCGCCUGUUGCCGGGACUACCAGCGCCUGGGCCUGGGGACACUCAGCAACAGCCUGACCCGCUCCAAGAACGAGCCCUUCCGCAUCUCCACCGUCAACCGCAUGUACGCCAUCUGCCGGAGCUACCCUGGGCUGCUCAUUGUCCCACAGAGCAUCCAAGACAACGCCAUCCAGCGGAUCUCGCGCUGCUACCGCCAGAACCGCUUCCCGGUGGUCUGCUGGCGGAACUCGCGCACCAAGGCAGUCCUCCUGCGCUCAGGGGGGCUGCAUGGGAAGGGCGUGGCCGGCCUCUUCAAGUCCCAGAACGCUCCUGCCACAGGCCCCUCUCAGGCCGACUCCACCAGCCUGGAGCAAGAGAAGUACCUGCAGGCCGUCAUCAACUCCAUGCCUCACUACGCCGACAGCGGCGGCCGCAACACGCUCAGCGGCUUCACCUCGGCCCACAUGAGCAGCGCAGAUUCUUCUGAGAAGCGGCAGCCCAAGCUGGGAUCUCUUAUGAAGCAGGUGAUGGGAGGGAAGGACGAAGGGCCGCUUAGCCGCGGAGCCCUAGGUCACAGAGGUAGGCUCAUUACCCUCUCCAGCCCCAAGAGCCUGGCAUCAAAGGGACACCUCUCCCCCCGAGGCAAGUGGGGCAGCAUCCGCGCCAGCGGGCGCAUGAGCAGCUAUGCUCUCAACAUGGAGGUCGGCUCCCGCCUGGCCGGCAAGGAGCUGCUGAGCACGCAAGCCAACGGGUCCCCCUCCGAGGCCAGCUUCCUGCGCCAGCAUCGCGCCUCCCUCUACAUCAUCGGAGACAAGUCCCAGCUCCGGGGCGUGAAGCCGGACCCUUUGCAGCACUGGGAGGUGGUGCCCAUCGAGGUCUUUGAGGCCCGGCAAGUCAAGACCAGCUUCAAGAAGCUGAUGAAGGCCUGUGUGCCGGGCAGCCCCUCCGCCGAGCCCGGCCAGACCUACCUGCGCUCCCUGGAGGAGUCCGAGUGGCUGAUCCAGAUUCACAAGAUCCUGCAGAUCUCUGUGCUGGUGGUGGAGCUGCUGGACACGGGCUCUUCUGUGCUGGUCAGCCUGGAGGACGGCUGGGACAUCACCACCCAGGUGGUGUCUCUGGUGCAGCUCCUGUCCGACCCCUAUUACCGCACCAUGGAGGGCUUCCGGCUGCUGGUGGAGAAGGAGUGGCUCUCCUUUGGGCACCGCUUCAGCCACCGAGGGGCACAGACCUUGGCCAGCCAGAGCAGCGGCUUCACGCCCAUCUUCUUGCAGUUCCUGGACUGCGUGCAUCAGAUCCACCUGCAGUUCCCCAUGGAGUUUGAGUUCAGCCAGUACUACCUGAAGUUCCUCAGCUACCACUCGGUCUCCAGCCGCUUCCGCACUUUCCUGCUGGACUCCGACUACGAGCGGCUGGAGCUGGGGCUGCUGUACGAAGAGAAAGGGGAGCGCAAGGGGCCCCAGCUCUUUCGCUCCAUUUGGGACUACCUGGAUCGGCUGAACAAGAAGACGCCGGCCUUCUUCAACUACAUGUAUGCCCCGGAGGACGGGGAGGUUUUGCGCCCGUACAGCAACGUCUCGAACCUGAAGGUGUGGGACUACUACACGCAGGAGACCCUGUCGGAAGGACCCUCCUACGACUGGGAGCUGGUGCAGAGCCAGGCGGACCCUGUGGAGGAGGCCGCCCAGCCAGACACCAGCGCCCCCCAGAGCCGGCGCAAGAUCGUCUGGCCCUGCUAUGACAACCGCAGCCGCACUGAGCCAGACGCCAUCUCCCGGCUGCUGGAGGAGCUGCAGAACCUGGAGAUGGAGCUGGGGCAGGUCCCUGAGCGCUGGAAGGACCUCUGGGACAAAGCGAAGGCCUCUCAGCGGUCGGAGGUGCAGGCGGACCCCAGCGGCCGAGUGGCGGCUGGCUCCCUGCUGAUGGCCUCCAGCCUGUCGCACCAGCGGCGCUCCUUCGGGGUCUACCUGCAGGAGAGUGGCCGCGGCAGCUCCACCAUCAACCUGAGCCUGGACAACGACAGCAGCAGCGCCUCCACCCCCUCCAGCGGGAAGCAGGGGGGCCGCAGGAGCACCAGCACCCUCUACAGCCAGUUCCAGACGGCGGAGAGUGAGAAUCGGUCCUACGAGGGGACACUGUACAAGAAAGGAGCCUUCAUGAAGCCCUGGAAGCCUCGCUGGUUUGUGCUGGAUAAAACCAAGCACCAGCUGCGCUAUUACGACAGCCGCCUGGACUUGGAGUGCAAAGGCGUCAUUGACCUGGCGGAGGUGGAGUCGAUCACACCAGGCACCCCCACCAUGGGGGCCCCCAAGAUGGUGGAGGAGAAGGCUUUCUUUGACGUGAAGACCACGAAGCGUGUUUACUAUUUCUGCGCCCAGGAUGUGCAGCUGGCCCAGCAGUGGAUCGACCGCAUCCAGAGCUGCUUGUCUGACGCCUGAGGCUGCCCUGAGGCCGCCCUUCUAGGCCUCCGCAAGUGAAGCCGGCGCCAGGGCUGGACCAGGACCGGGCAGGACUGGAAGAGGUGCUGUGGGGCACAGAGUAGAGGCCCCCUUGGGACCCCCAUCCGACUGCUUGGCAGAGGAGUUGGGAUCCGCCUGCUCCCUCUGCCUAAGAGAUGCAUUGGCAGGUCAGGUUGGGGGGAGUGACGUGGUCAGCAGGGCCCCCCAAGCAGAUGGCUCUGGCCACCGUCAGUUUCCCCCCAUCGGCAACCACAGGCGGUGGCAGAUGUGCCAAACCGCCUUGCUUCCACCCCCCUAGCCCCACACCGGCUGCCCAGGGGUGCCCCCUGCCAGGGAAGGCAGCGGUGGGGAGUUUGGCGACCUGCUGGAGCAGCGGGAGAGAGCAGAAACAGUGUUAGGGCUUCCAGCGCCCCUGUCCCGGCUUGGAGGUUUGGAGCCCCUGGGACACUGGGGCAGAGGAGUGGGGUGGCGAUUCUGACCCUCCUUGCCUCCCCGUGCAAACCACAAGCUCCCCUGGUACUGCUGAGGCUGCAGUUGGAAAGGGACUCUGUCCUGGGGAGAAGCGCCAAGCGAAGGGGGGGGGGGGGCGAGUGUCUUGCUGCACUCCCAGCUCUUGGUUCCCUCUGUGUCUUCCUUGCAGAGGGUUGUGAGUCUGGCUGCUGGGGGCAGCUCAGCACCUGCAACUGCCCCUCCAAUUGUGUGUCCUGCACUGACCCCCCCCCAAGCAGAUCAUGCAGCCUGCUUUCCUGCCAGAGCAGGCAGGGCCUCCUUCCCUGGAGCUCCAGUUUGGCCUGGCAGCCCCCGCCCCCCACAUUUUCAAAGGCAAAGGGGCACCCUUUCCUGUCCCUGAAGCGUUGUACAUAGUCUGGAGCCCCAGCUGACCCUUUGCCUCCCCCCCCUUUUUUAUUUGUACAAUAAAGGCUGUGGCUGGUGUGCAUCGGAGGGUUUUGUAACUUCCUUGAGCAGUUGUAGAUUACUGAAGUUUCUGUACAUUGUGUCAAACCUGCAGAGUUCUUGUAUUGUAUUGUGCCUAGAGGAAAAAAUAUAUGGAGAGAAAAAAAACUAAUGGAAUUUAAUAAUAAAAAAGAAAUACACAACA